AUGGGGGCUAUGAACGAGAAUGGUAAGAUAUGCUUUCAGGAAUUUCGAAUGUACCCACCGAUGUUGCGACACUUUGCACAUGUUUUGCAAGAUGAAUAUGGUUUAACUAGUAGCCAGCAGGUGGAUAUCUACGAGAAAGUUGGUAUGUUUUUGUGCAUACUUGCACAUGGCAAAGGAUACCGACAGGUGACAACAAUAGUCAACCAUUCUUUGCAGAUCGUUUGUGUAUUUUUCAAGGAGGUGCUAAGUGCCAUCGUGACGCUCUCGGAACAUGUCAUAAGACUGGCCUCAAAUUACAACGACGGUGUCGAGCCGCACAGGCUGGACCUAAACAAGCAUCCACUAUUUCAGGAUUGCAUUGGGGCUAUUGACGAAACACAUGUGAGAGCUGUACUACCACGUCACGAGCGUGUAAAAUUUAUCGGUCGAAAAGAAGUUCUGACCCAAAAUGUGUUGGAUGUAUGUGAUUUCAAUUUGUGUUUCACAUUCAUGCUUGCUGGUUACACCAGGAACACGCAUGAUGCACGAAUUCUAGCUCGUGCUAUAUACAGUCCGAAAUUAAAUUUUCCACAGCCAGCACCGGGAAAGUAUUAUUUGGUGGACUCUGGUUUUGCUCCUCGCUCGGGACACUCUUCGUGUAGGAACUUGAUCUAUCGUGCAUUCGAUGUGUUGAAACAGAGGUGGAAAAUCCUCGAUUGUAUGCCGAGCUACUCAUUCCGAACACAAAUUGCAGUUGUCCUGGCAACGAUGGGUGUUCAUAAUUUCUUGCGGCAUUCUGGAGUUAUGGAUGAGACGUUCGUGAGAGCAGAAGCAGAUGAGGAAAUAGCCGAGGUAGAUCUACCCAGUGCUGAGGAUGAAGUGCAGGCCGAUAUGAAUAUGCUGGAGAUGCAACGAAGCGAUGCCCGUUCGUACUUGAAUUCACGAGAGGGUGACUGGUCUUAUUGUGGAAUAUUGAAAGAUUGGCAGCCUUUGACUAUUAGGUGUCCCCACAUGCUCAUGUUUAUUUUCUUGCAACCAUUAUUCAAAGAGGAUGGGCAAAACUGGAAAUAUAUCGAUCUUUUAAUGAUAGUUUCACAGGCAGAAGAACUUGUGUCAUUUAUGUCUUCAUCACAAGUUAUCUUUAGAUCUGAAGACUUGAAAGCUUGGUUUGCCUCAGGAUUAAUAUUUCUAAGCAACUUAACUGGACAAUUUCAUUUGAGCACAAGUUCAUGUGGAGGAAUACCAUUAGGAGUUAGACUGUUUAAAAAAUCUUCAUGA